GUGAAACACGAUUUAAUUCUCAGCUAAAGCUUUUCAUUUGUUAUCACAUACGACCUGCAAGCUGGGAAACAGAGAACAAAGAUUACUAUGGCCGAAGGAGAAGAGCUUAUUGAGCUUAAAUUCCGCACUAACGAUGGAACAGAUGUGGCAUGCAGUACCUACGCAUUAUCCAUGAAUGUUGCAACUCUUAAGCAAAAAAUUGUUGCUGAGUGGCCCCAAGGCAAAACAGUCACACCGAAGUCAAUAAAUGAUUUGAAAAUUAUACAUGCUGGUAAAGUUCUGGAAAACAACAAAACACUAGCUGAUUCCAGGAUAACGUUUGGUGACCUUCCUGCUGGUGUUAUUACCAUGCACGUAAUAGUGCAGCCUGCUAUAGCAAAAAAUAAGUCAGGAAAGAGCAAGGAAGAUAUGCAGAAGCUGAAUUCAUGCGGUUGUAUUAUUCUUUAGAAUGUAAAUAUGCUCCGUAGUUGUUAACUGUCAUUAAAUCUAGAUAGUUUUUCCCUCACAUAUAUAGGCGUUAGUUGCUUUUGAAAUGGUGUUCGUCUGUAUACUGGUUGGCCUGCUUACUAUGAUAUCUUUGGUUAUGUGUUCCUUAAUCCUUGUGAAAGUGUAUAACCAUCCUACAAUAGUAAACAUGUUCUGCAAGAAGAAAGCAUCUUGAUAGUUGCGCAACU